AUGGGCACUGGCAUGGGCACUGGGAACGGCCACAAGCAUGGACACCAGUAUGGCAUGGGCACUGGCACGAGCAUGGGGACUGACGUGGGCAUCUGCACUGAAAAUGGCAUGAGCAUGGACACCAGCAUGGGAUGGGAGUUCUCUUCAAGCAAGAGGAUGAACACGGGGGAUAAGACCACCAUGAGAGACCUGUCCCAGAUGCUGAAGAAGAUGCCACAGUACCAGAAGGAGCUCAGCAAGUACUCAACCCACCUGCACCUGGCUGAGGACUGCAUGAAGCACUACCAGGGCACAGUGGACAAGCUCUGCCGAGUGGAGCAGGACCUGGCCAUGGGCACUGAUGCUGAAGGGGAGAAGAUCAAGGAUCCCAUGAGGGCCAUCGUCCCCAUCCUGCUGGAUGGGAAUGUCAGCACCUACGACAAGAUCCGCAUCAUCCUGCUCUACAUCUUCCUCAAGAAUGGUAUCACUGAGGAGAACCUGAACAAACUGAUCCAGCAUGCCCAGAUCCCAGCAGAGGACAGCGAGAUCAUCACCAACAUGGCCCACCUCGGGGUGCCCAUCAUCACAGACUCCACCCUGCGCCGCCGGAGCAAGCCGGAGCGGAAGGAGCGGAUCAGCGAGCAGACCUACCAGCUGUCCCGGUGGACCCCAGUCAUCAAGGACAUCAUGGAGGACGCCAUCGAUGACAAGCUGGACACCAAGCAUUACCCUUACAUCUCCACCCGCUCCUCCGCCACCUUCGGCACCACGGCUGUCAGUGCCCGCUAUGGCCACUGGCACAAGAACAAGGCGCCAGGCGAGUACCGGAGCGGCCCUCGCCUCAUCAUCUUCAUCCUGGGCGGCGUCAGCAUGAACGAGAUGCGCUGUGCCUACGAGGUGACGCAAGCCAGCGGCAAGUGGGAGGUGCUAAUAGGGUCCACGCACAUCCUCACCCCACAGAAACUGCUGGACACGCUGAAGAAGCUCAAUAAAACAGAGGAGGAGAGCAGCAGUUAG